GGCACAGAUCAGUGCAGUGAGUCUUGCUGCUCUCUUGCUGCUGGUCCAGGCCACAUGUGGCAGGCAUGUGGGCUUCUCCUUGGCCACCUCUGGCAACUCAUUUGGAGCCACAUCUGGUUGGCAUCCCUGGGACCUGCCUGGCAUUUAUAUAGCUCAUUUAUUAUCAUAGUGCUGCUCUUCCCAGCCAGAGGUGUUGUGAAACUGGCCAGACAAUAUAUAUGUUGCCGUAAGGAGACUAGCGGCUUCUUUCAGAACCUGAGGGAACUUGAGGGUCUUAGCCCCUCACAUGACAGCAAACAAGAGCCAAAUAUGACUAGUCCCUUGUUCCAGUAUGCAGAGGGGCCUGAGGAGAUUAGCCCCGUGCUACGAUACCUACAGCACCCAGAAGAGUUUACUGCCUUGCACCAGCAACUACCGCAGCCUGAGGAAAAGGCUGAUACCUCAGCCAAGGAGUCAACAGAAUUUAGUCCUGUUCUCCAGUACCUACAGCAGCUAGAGGAAAUUGGUAGUAACUUGCUCCAAUGGGAUCGCUGUUUCAUGUUGUCUUCCCCAGGAAAUGCCAACCAUGUGGAGGAUGCGACUCAGGUGCCUAUGGACAUGGACAUUCCAACUCCUGCCACUGCAUAUCAUGACACUAGAAUCAUCGAUGGUCCAGCAGUGCCUGGAUAUGGGAACAAGGAGCAGGUCACAUACAACAUGGCCGGAGAACACGCCAACCAUAUAAGACCCCCCUCGAGAAGCUCCAGUAAGACCUCCUGGAAGAACUCCAAAGGCCCAGCAGAGAACAGAACAGCCAUGGGGAGAUCCCCAGUAACACCACAGACCUCCCCUUCUACACAGCGUUUCCAGACAAAAACCCACAGUAAACAGAACCUCAGGCCCAAAACGCCCUCUGCACUCUCCUUUCACAGUGGAUCCCUUAAAGGGCCUGCGGGGAGGAAGGACGGUCUGGAUAGCCCAACUUCCAAGGGAGCAGCCAGUCACCAAAAGGGAAGGCCUGGAGGUUCCUGGCAGCCUGCCAGCAGUGGCCAAGAUGACAUGGACGAGACCUACAAUGAUACAAGGGAAUUAGCAGGCAGACACUAUCGACUUCUGGGGACCCCUUUACUUGGAUCUCCCCGAAGGGCCAUGAAGGGGAACUGUGAAAACACGAAAGAGUCUGGGAAAGUUCCAAGUGCCCAGGAAUCGCUAGCAUCAAGUGGGCAGGAUGUGAAAGCAGAAGGAAAGUCCUUUCAGGAGAAGAAAAACAGCCUCAUCCCUGCCAAUAUCAAGGCUAAGUUUGGCACAUCUAUGGUGGAGAAACUGGUUUCUGAGGAGCAGGCACGUCGUACUCUCUGUGAGGCUGGACUGAUUCAAGGGCAGAAACGACUCAGCGACUGGACAUUCAAGCCAAUAGAGAAUCCCAUGGCACCUUCACCUUAUGCUGAUUAUUAUGAACUAGGUUACAACCUGAGAUCCAACAUUUUCCAAGGAGGACCAUUAGAAAGCAGAAGCCUGAUGAAGGAUUCCUAUACCCCAGAUGUUAUCAAGAGAGCAGUCCGGGAUCCCAAACACUGGCAUGGAAGGAAAACUGAUGACCUAGGGAGAUGGUUCCAGAAAAAUGCCCUGAACCUUAAUCUGCAAAAAGCUUUGGAGCAAAAAUAUGGGGAGAAGAACAAAGGUGGCAAAUCCUAAGAAGGCAUAAAAGCAGCAUGUGAGCCCUCAGUGAAAAAUAUCUGUCUCUCCACAGCAUUGGAAUAAACCUCCAUGCAGCCUC